AUGUCAAGUGAAUUAUCUACAAAAACAGUUGUUGAAUUGAAACUGUUAUUAAAAGAAAAUGGAUUAUCUACAGAUGGUAAAAAAGUUGAAUUAGUUCAACGUUUACAAGAAUUUCAAGAUCAAAAUACACCUGUUGCUGCUACUACUGCUGCUGCUGCUGCUGCUGCUGCUGCUCCAGAAUCAGAACAACAACAAGAACAACAAUCAGAAGAAUCAAAACCAAUAACUGAAGAAGGUGAAACAGGACAACAACAAGAAGAAGAAGAAGAAGGUGAAAAAUCAAAUUCUAAUGAAGGUGCAGAAGAAUCAACAUUGACUGUAAUUCAACCACAACCAAAAGAAGAACCAAAACAACUUUCAGCUGAAGAAAGAAAAGAAUUAGCUAUAUCUUUAUUAGAGAAAAAAAUUAAAAGAGCUGAAAAAUUCGGUGAUGAACAAGCUGCUAAUGAUGCUAGAAAAGAUUUAAAAAGAGUUGAAAAAUUUGGUGUUGAAUUGGGUACUGCUUUAGCUAGAGAAAUUGGUUUAGUAGAUAAAACUUUACCAAAUAAAAACAGACAUAAUCGUCGUUUCAAUCGUGGUUUUAAAAAAUCUAACAAGAAGAGGAGAUAA